GGGAGACUGGUUCCGGUCGAGAUCUGUGAGCGAGAUUCGAUCUACCAUAUUCCAGCUUCUCUCUGCAAUCAUCAGCAAUUAAGACAUAAUAGAGGAUGGGCACCUUUCCUUUACCGUUCAGGACCACCCCAGGGCGCUUCAAAUAAUGUUCCCGUCGAUCCGAUGAGCCAGUGAGCUUUCUCUACAGCUCUCCAUGGCUUGGGUCGCGGCUAUCCCCGCACUCAAUCCGCAAUUGAGCUUGCCUGCAGCCACAAUGUGGCAGGUUUGCAUAUAAGAUCUCGUUUUCUCCCAGUGAAGAUUCUUGUCUCCAUCGAGCAACUGGUCGUUCUAAUUCCAACAUGUAUCGAGCACUCGUCUUCGCUUCUUCCCUUCUCGCCCUGGCCCAAGGCCAAUUGGUUGGCAAAGAGCAGACGGAAACCCACCCAGGUAUGACCUGGCAGUCAUGUUCUUCAAAGGGUAGCUGCACCACCAAGAACGGCAAGGUAGUAUUGGACGCCAACUGGCGCUGGCUUCACACCAAGACUGGGUACACGAACUGUUACACGGGCAACGAGUGGAACGCAACCCUCUGUGCCGAUAACAAGGCGUGCGCGAGCAACUGUGCCCUUGAUGGAGCUGACUACAAGGCUACUUACGGCAUCACCGCGAGCGGUAAUUCCUUGAAGUUGACGUUUGUCACGAAGGGAUCCUACUCCACCAAUAUCGGUUCCCGCACCUACCUAAUGAAGGACGACUCCACGUAUGAGAUGUUCAAGCUCUCUCCAGACCAGGAGUUUACUUUUGACGUGGACCUAUCGAACCUUCCAUGUGGGCUGAACGGUGCUCUGUACUUUGUCUCUAUGGACGCCGAUGGUGGCAUGAAGAAGUACUCUACGAACAAGGCAGGUGCCAAGUACGGAACUGGAUACUGCGACGCCCAGUGCCCACGUGAUCUUAAGUUUAUCAACGGAGAGGGAAAUGUCGAAGGAUGGACCAAGUCAUCCAACGACCAGAAUGCUGGUGUCGGCGGCCACGGCUCCUGCUGCGCGGAGAUGGAUAUUUGGGAGGCCAACUCCGUGUCCACUGCCGUUACUCCUCACUCCUGCUCCACCAUUGAGCAAAGCCGAUGCGAAGGCGACAAAUGUGGCGGAACUUACUCUGCUGAGCGCUAUGCAGGUGUUUGCGACCCUGAUGGCUGCGAUUUUAACUCCUACCGCAUGGGAGACAAGACCUUCUAUGGUAAAGGCAAGACAGUUGAUACCAGCAAGAAGUUUACCGUCGUCACUCAGUUCGUUGGCUCAGGCGCAAACAUGGAGAUCAAGCGUUUCUACGUUCAAGACGGCAAGGUUAUUCCCAACUCCAUGUCCCAGAUUGCUGGUGUCGACGGCAACUCCAUCACGACCAAAUUCUGCGACCAGCAGAAGCAGGUCUUUGGCGACACCUACACCUUCAAGGACAAGGGUGGCAUGGCCAACAUGGCCAAGGCUCUCCAGCAAGGCAUGGUUUUGGUUAUGUCACUUUGGGAUGACCACUACUCUAACAUGCUCUGGCUUGACUCCACCUACCCGACGGACAAGGAUCCUAGCGUUCCCGGAAUUGGCCGUGGUGAGUGCGAGACUACCUCUGGUGUUCCUGCCGACGUUGAGUCCAAGUCUGCUUCUGCUUGGGUGACCUACUCUAACAUCAAGUCCGGUCCUAUCAACUCCACCUUUGGUUAGAUAUAGACAGUUCU